ACAAAGCUGCAGUCUGCAGUCUGCAGUCUGCAGUCACAUUUACUAUUCUUCCUCUUCACAUCUUCUUCUCUCUGUCUCUCUCUCUCUCUCUCUCAUCUUCUUGCUCUUUUUCUAAUCACACAGACAUCCAGCACUUCCUCUGCUCCCUUGUUGGACUGUCUUUCAGAUCAGGUUGCAGUUGGUUGCUGCAUCUGAUGGGGUUACCACUAAAAGCAGGACCUCCUGUUUGCCCGAGCAACCUACAUUGCUCGGAAUGGGCUCGGGUGUACUUGAGCUAUUGUUUGUGUGGUGUGAAAGAUGGCAUGUCUUUGAUCCUUGGACUUAUCAGUGUUAUCAGUUGGGGAGUUGCCGAGGUUCCUCAGAUCGUCACGAGUUACAGAGAGAAAUCUACGGAGGGGCUUUCCAUUGCUUUUCUGAUGACAUGGAUUGUCGGAGAUCUUUUUAACGUAACCGGCUGUCUCCUAGAGCCUUCAACGCUGCCAACACAAUUCUACAUGGCAUUGUUAUACACAGCAACAACAGCUAUCCUGACAGCACAAACAAUAUAUUACGGCCAUAUAUAUCCUCGUUUGAAAGAAAGAAGACGUCAUCAAUUUCAUAAGAAACAACAAGAACAAGGCGAGGUUGCAAAAGAGAAGUUGCUAGGAUCGAGCACAAGUUCGGUUGCAAUUGUACAAGAUAGUGAUUCUGGCUCUAUUGAGGAUCAGCCUCGAGCACCAAGUUCACCAAUUCCUGUCAGUGUCCCAUUACAUCAUUUUGGUUCGGCCGGGAGAGAUUUGUACUACAAUCAGCAUUCUACAAUAGAGCCUUUGAUUGAUCGGCUUACCCCUACACAAUCUACACCGCCUCUAAACACCAAAAGAGUAUUGUGUGUGGUUUCUUCGGUUUUGCUUCUUUUGGGAAGCUUGAAUUUCCGUAUUCCUGUCAACAAUAGAUAUGCUUCUGCUCAUGGAAUGGUUGUGUUUGUGAGCCGAAGGCUUUUGCAGGAUAAGGCCGUUCAGUUGGCAAUUGUACGAGAAGGCGCAAGUAAUGGAAUAGGAACUAUCCUUGGCUGGGCAAUGGCAGCGAUAUAUAUGGGUGGAAGGCUUCCCCAAAUUUGUUUAAAUAUACGAAGAGGCAAUGUUGAGGGUCUGAGUCCUUUUAUGUUCGUCUUUGCAUUGAUCGGCAAUGCUACAUAUGUGGGAAGCAUACUUGUGAAUAGCUUGGAGUGGCAUAAAAUCAAACCAAACCUUCCAUGGUUAGUAGAUGCAGGUGGUUGUGUCCUUCUUGAUACUUUCAUUCUCAUUCAGUUUGCCUAUUUCCAUUAUCGGAGACCGAAGGAUUUGGAUGGAGAAUGAACUUCAUGGACAAAGCAGAGACGUCACUGGAGCAGUCAAUUUGGAAAACAAAACUCAGACUCUGUUCCAAGAUGUUGAAAUUUUGCUUGUUAGGAUCUGAACCAUUUCUUCUUGGUGGUUCAUUUUAUUUUAGUUCCUUUUUUUAAAAAAAAAAUGUUGAUAGUUCUUUGCUUUUUAAAACAGAAGUGGUAGAUGCAUAUUUAUGGUUUAUUUUACAUGACUUUGUUUUGGGA